UUUUGGAUUUAGGAUAUGGAAUUGGAGCACAGAGUAUGCAUACGGGACCUUAAUCCUCAAAUUGUAUGCAUUCUCUGUGCUGGAUAUUUCAUUGAUGCUACUACAAUUUCAGAAUGUCUGCAUACAUUUUGUAAGAGCUGCAUAGUGAAGUAUUUACAAACAACUAAGUAUUGUCCAAUGUGCAAUGUCAAAGUUCAUGAAACACAGCCAUUACUUAACUUGAAGAUAGACAGAACUCUUCAGGACAUUGUUUAUAAAGUAGUACCUGGUCUCUGGGAUGAUGAAAUGAAGAGACGUCGAGAUUUUGAGAUGACAAGGGGAUUAAAAAAUCCUUAUGGGGGUUCCGUUGAAAAUAAUUUGGAAGAAUCAGAAGAUGUUUAUUUAUCUACCCAGCACUAUUUUAUGAAUGAUGAACUUAUUCACAUUUGUUUAGAGCCCUAUGAUGAGAAUGACUUGUAUGACCAGGAGUUAAAAUAUCCACUGAGAAAGUUUGUUAGGUGCUCUGUUCGUGCCCAAGUGUUCCAUUUGAAAAAAUUAAUUAAAAAAAUUUGGCCUCAUCUUUCAAACAAAGAACUCAUAGCACUGUGUGAUGGUGAACCUCUUCCAGAUAGUCAUUGUUUAAAAAGGGUUUGGUUGUCUCACAAUAAUGAAAAUCCUCCUUUGAAGCUUCAAUUCCAACUAAAAAGUUAAAUUGAGUGCCUUUGAACUAGUGCAGAUGUUUUGAAAAAUACAUCUAGACAAGAAAGAAUUGCAUUACUGAAUGAUGUAAAAAGAAACAUUUUUAUUUAUAAUAUUAUUAUUUAGAUUGAUCAUAAAAAGGGUGUCCCAGAAUUCAGGCAAGAUAUGGAUUUUGUGCUAUAAAACGUUGCUUUUAAGUUAAGUAGUAUAAAAUAUAUGAGAACAAGCCAACAACCACCUUGAAGAUGAACAUUGAGCAGUGUUACAACAAAACUUGGCAACAUUUUUGCAAAAUGGCUGUUAAAAAUUUACACAAAAGAGUACAUGUGUGUCAUUAAAAUCAGAGAGGCCACUUUCCUGAUAUGCUAAUCCACACACAUAACUUUGUACAGUGUAUUUUAUGAAUCAAAUAAAAAAAAAUUCCAAUUUUUUCUCAACCCUAAUUUUACGGAACAAUUAUUUCUUCCAUGAGUUUUUGAACACCCUGCAUAAAAUUUUAAAUCGGAAGCCUCAAAUCAAAUGAAUUGUAUUUGGCAUUCAAAUGAUUUUGAGAAAAUAAAAACUAGUCUUCGUUCUCUAAAAGGUACCAAUGAAACAAUAUGUAUGGAUUGUAAAUAUUUGUUAGUGUAUUGAAACUAUUUUGUGGUAUAUUAUAAUAUUUGAGAACUGAAGGAAAGAUUCUUAUGCUGAUAGUUUAAAAAUAUUCUAAUAUCUGUUCAGAAGAGUCUACAAAUCUGAAGGGUAAAAAAUUUAAAAAUUGUACUUCAUUUGUUCAUUAUAUAUAUCUGUAUGAAAAUACAUUUAUGUACAAUACACACAUGUAUAAAAUACAUACAUGCAGGAAAAUUAAUGUUGGGUGUAAUAGGGGGGUUAAAUAGGGUGUAACAAAAAGCCUAUGGUUGUAACUUGAGAAGAUAAAACUUACCAAGCCAAAUAAUAUAGAUAGAGGGGUGGGAUAAAAAAGAUUGAGUCUGCGUCUUUUCUCCAGCUUUGAUAAGUCUCUUAACUUUAUUCUAAUUCCUUGUGAUGGGUCUAAAAAUUGACAUUAGAAAGCCUUAAAUCCAAUGCAAUGACAAGUUAAAUUUAAAUUUGUAUUGACACCUCAUUUGAUGCAAGUGAAGAAAUUUGUUUUUAUUGCAGGACUUGCUCUUUAAAGGUAAGCCAUUCUAUGGCAGUUAGUGAAGCAACCUGGUAAAUUUACUUUAAAGUUGCUUUGAGAAAAUAAAGUUGAUAUCUCCUCUUAAAAUUUAUUUUAGUUUACAUUAUUUGAUCUUAUAUGGUCAGCAAUAUGUGUAGUUAAGUAUCUUUAAUUGUAAGAUAAAUGUUGUAACAACUUCUUUAAUUUCAAGAUAAAUUCUGGAAAAUUUACUACUAUUAGGCUUUUAUUAAUUACAUCUCACUUUUGUCUUAACUUUCAAAAAUGUGAUCAUACAACAUAUACAGUUAUAUCAUUCAAUGUACAAUUUUAUUGUAUUAUGUUAUGUUCUAAUAUCUAUAUUAUGGUGCAGAUGUUUUUUUUUUUUUUAAAUUAUUCCUGCCAAUUGAGAAUUGAUUGUAAAAAGGUUUUAUUAAUUUUUUUUUUAAUAUUUUUAUAUAAUAUUUUUCUAAAAGUAUUUUUUUAUCUUAUUAUGAGAUUCAAAGGUUGAACAAGAUAUUUUUUUCUCUUUUAAAAUAUGUACAUUAGAAAGUAUUGCUCUCUAAAUAAAUAAAGUUUUGUAUUUUUUGUUUGUUGUAAACCUAAAGCAAUCUUUGUGGCAAUAUGUGUGGAGCCAGAUCUGCUAUGGGAGAUCGUUAAAGAUGUCUUUAUAAGGGACUAGGGUUUAAUCCCUUGUGGUGACUCGAGGCCUACCCAGUUCCAGAUUGAUAAAUAAUUAGAAGACCUUGUCUUUGAAGUAAAGGCAGCUGUUGCGCAAUACUGACUACAUUGCCAUUAUCGUGCCAUUGGACUAAAAAUUGUGGAACCUUAACUUCCAUGCUUUUCUUUACCCAUAACAGUAAAUUUUAUUCUCUUUUUGUGUUUUAAUUCCAUUUUUCUAAGUGUUAUUUAAGCUCCUUUUUUAAGGAUGGAUUUUAAAAUCUUUUGAAAGAUAAAUUGCAUUUUAAAAACAUGUAAUAAAUACUUUUUCUAAAAAUUUUAUUCAUAACAUCGCAAAUAUAAGUUUCCGCAUGGUGCUCCUAAAGUUGAUUAAAAUACACAAUUGAAGGUGAUUUUAUUUGCUUAAUUCCUGUAAUUAGAAUGGAUUAAAUUGGUUCUAAAACCAUUCUGUCAAUAAAUAAUUAACUUUACACCUUGUAUAUAUAAAUUGCUGAAAGAAAAAUUACUAAUUUGUUAUCUGUUAGGAAACACUUGUUACUAAGUACACCCUAUCAAAUUUUUGUUUAAACCCAUUUUAAUACAAUUUUCUUUUCUUAAAAAUUGAGUGGUUUUAUACAGUGGUUCCCAAAGUUUUGAGCCAUUUGAAAAGGAAUAUUUAGUUACUCCAU